AUUUUUUAGGAAAAAAACAGUAAAAAGUAUUCAACUCAAAGCAUUCAAGAGAGAGAGAGAGCUAACGGAACGCAUAAAAAUUUAACCUUUCUUCUUCUUCUUCUUCUUCCUCCCAAAUAAGAUCGUUCGUUGGCUACCUUUGCUUUCAAGUUUCUUUCGCCAAUGUCCAAGAUGAAGUACGAUCGUAAGCCUCCACUCGCUAAAUCGCCGAUCCGGCUACGUCCCCGCCGAGUCCUCCGACCCAACACAAGCUUUGUUCAAACUCCUCCAGGUUCUUUAGCUAAAUCCCAAAAGCCAAAUCCCACAAGGGACAUGGAAGGAUCGGAUCUCUGCACCGAGUACCGCACCAUAUCCUGGGAAUUACAGGCUCUAGCGAGAAAGGUUCAAGACGAGUUUGGAAAUGGAAAUUCAACUAGUGCUGGGAUAAGUGCUAGUGCUAACUCGAGUACCCUUUUUGAGAGAGGAAGGUUUUAUGAGAUGUACUCAGCGAGGAGAAACGAGAGGCUGAAAAGAAAGAAAGGGGAGACAGGGGAAGGGGGAAAGACAAGCUACAAUCUUGGAAUUACAGUUGAGUCUUCAAAGAAAAGAGAUUCAAAGAAGUUGGAAAGCUUGAGGAAAUCGAUUUCUGCUGCUUUUUCUGUGGAGAGAAGUGAGAAUCCCAGGUACUCCUUGAGAAGCUUGAGCAAAGAGAACAAGAAGCCUCCUCUGGUUAUCAACUAUGAGAAAUCUUUGCUUGCAAGUGAAAGGAAAGUUGGGGCUAGAAGGGUUAGGAAAAUCUGAAUGCCGGAAAGUGGGGUUUUUUUUCUUAUUUUUAUAUUUUUUUUUCUUUUAUGGAUUUGCCAUUUUCUUUGGGAUUAGGAAAUUGUUAUUGCUUUCAAGACUUCAAGAGAAUGUUUGAAAUCUAAUGAUCUCUGGAAAUAGCUUGCAAUUUUGGAGUCCAUGGUCUGAAGAAGGUAUCAUUUUGCCAAUAAAUCAAAUUCGGAUUUAAUUCACUAAUUAUUUUAUUCUCAAA